CAUAUUUCCUGCGCGAUAGAUUCACCAUGUUAGUACUAACCUUUUACAAUAUUUCUUGACAUGUCGCAGCAGCUUGUGACAAGUGACCGUGGAUACAUUGAGCUUUAUAAGUUAGAGAAGUUAUUUGAUGCGCGAUUCGCUCUGUCUUCUGCUGUUGACCAGUUAGACACUGUAUCUAUAGACGACGUAUAUCGCAACGAUAGUAUAAUAGCCCAUGUAGUCUUGCGUCCCACUGACCCUGAGUUUAAUAUAUCACUCCUAAAGGGCGAGAGUUGCAUUAACUUAUCGCUAUGUCUACAUCGUGUCCCUGGUGUAUCACUUGAGUCUAGUCAUGGUUACUAUACCAUUAGCCAAGCUUCUGACAUUGAUGUCAAGGGCGACCAUCUCGGUCGUGAUGUAAAGCUUGUUCUAAAGAAGGUGAUUCUUACCUUCCUUGGCAAGUACUUGACAACUACUCCGUAUGCCAUUUACGAGUGUUUGAAGUUGGUAGAUCGUGAAUUAUGCCACAUAUUUGAGAUAUGUGGCCACAGUAGCAAAAAUACUACCGAUACUAGCAAUUCUAAGGUCCGGGAAUCCAAUGUUGACACCUGGUCUUUGGAGGAGCAGAAGAGUCUUGAGUUUGCUCUUGGUAAGACCAAGGGCAUUCCCAAUGCCGCUGAGCGUUGGUCUGCUGUGGCUGCGAUAGUGAAGACCAAGAGCGCUGAUGAGUGCCGUCUUCGUUUUCAGCGCUGCCGUGAGCAGUUGCUAAACAAGGCCAAUGAGCACAAAAAGUCACUGGCUGGUAUGCCUGCUGAGUAUGAAACUGUACUUGCUAGGAGUGACCCUUUACGCCUAUUAUCGCUAGAGCUGGAAGCCAUCAGUGUGUUUAACGUUGUGAAUAUAGUGGUCCAACUAGGCUGCACUAGGUGUAGCACGGCGUUCGACGUUACAUUAGCCCACGGUGACAGGAAGAUUGCGGUUGUGCCACGCCAUUGCGAUAAAUGUAACAUGGCCCAGCUUAUUGAAUUUCAACCAGAAAUUGCCUUUGCAUCUCAGCCUGCAUUGGGCAACCUGAAGUUAGAAAACUGCAUCUUUCUGGACUAUAUAACUGGCGAGUUUUUCGUUACUUGCGAGAGUUGUGACACUCAAUGCAAGGUUCGUGACGUUCAGAACGGCACAUGCAAACGUUCUGUUUGUAGAGGUUGCUUUGCUAAACUCGCUCUGAGUUUUACUGGUGUUGAAUUUGGCCAGGACAAUUCAGUUUCUAGUGUCACCAGUGCCAGGCCUAUAAGGAUUGUACCAAAGCCGGCGAAACCUAAAACUCCCGGUGGUCGUGGUUUAAAGGUUGGCACUCCACUCCCGGAUAAUGGCAUUUGCAAGCACUAUUCAAAGUCAUUCCGUUGGUUCAGGUUUCCCUGUUGUGGCAAGUUAUUUCCGUGUGAUUUGUGUCACGAUGAGGGUACUGACCAUCCUUAUGAGCUUGCUCAUGUCAUUGUCUGCGGUCACUGUUCAACUCAGCAAGCGGUUUCUAACAAGAAGUGCCAGCACUGUGGUCGUGGCUAUACGGCAUCCAGUUCAUCAUACUGGGAGGGUGGCAAAGGAUGCCGUGAUGCUGUUAAGUUAAGUCGUAAGGAUUCCAAAAAGUACGGCUUGCUUCGUAAGCAGGCUGAGCAGACUCAGGGUACGUCACGAUCCACUUCUGGUGGUCCAGGGCGUGCUAUACGUAAGUGAAUAU